AUGUCAUUGGUUGGUGGCUACAGUUCAUCAUCUGAUACAGACGAACCGUUGGGUUCACAAGGUGCUACAAAGGAAACGAACGACCUAGUAGUCGGAAAUGGUCAUCAAUCCGAGGAUAGUGAUGACAGUGAACAACACGCUUCUAGAUCAAAACGAGUUAAGAAACAAGGAGAAGUUGGUCAAAAAAUUAAGCGUAUACAAAAGAGGCGAAAAAGUCCAUGGGCUUCGUGGUCAUCCUCGGAUGAAGAUGAAGAAGCUCAAAAUUUGAAUUCCAGCAUCCUCAAUCGUCAAGAUGUUUAUCGAGAUGAUGAUGAGCCCGACUCAAAAGAUGAAGGAAAUCUGACUAAGGCGCAAGAAACAAGUGAAUUUCAUGGUCAAUCACAGCUGGAUUAUAAAGGCCGGUCCUUCCUUAAUCCUCCUAUGGAAGAAAAUAUAGACUUCACGAAGGAACCUCUAUCUUUUCGCACUUUCUUGCCCAAGAAACUACUACACAGGUACGCCGGACAUGGGAAUGGCACAAACGUGCUACGAAUGCUACCGAAAACCGGGCAUCUUUUUCUAUCAGGAGGUAAUGACAAUCAACUCAAGAUUUGGGACAUGUACCACGAACGCCAAUUGUUGCGAGAUUAUAAAGGGCACACCAAAGUUAUUCGAGACGCCAAUUUUAACAAGGACGGAGCCGAGUUUGUAAGCGUUUCUUUUGAUCAGAACAUGAAAAUUUGGGAUACAGAGACCGGGACUGUAAAAUAUCGCUACAGCUUUUCUAGCACGCCAAACUGCGUUGAGUAUCGUCCAACCAACUCGAAUGAGCUAGUGGUCGGAUUAUCAAACAGCGAAAUUAGACACUAUGAUUUACGGGUUCCCCACAAGAAUGGGUUGGUUCAAAUUUAUGACCAUCAUCUAUCAUCAAUCAUUGCGCUAAAAUACUUCCCCGAUGGAUCUAAACUCAUCAGCUCGUCUGAAGACAAAAGCAUACGCAUUUGGGAAAACCAAGUGAACGUUCCCAUCAAACAGAUAAGUGAUACCGCACAAUACUCGAUGCCGCACAUCGCAAUUCAUCCAGAGAAUAAUUACUUUGCAGCCCAAAGUAUGGACAACGUCAUUUACACGUUUUCAAUGAAACCCAAAUACAAAAGGCAUUCUAAGAAAAAAUUUGAGGGACACAAGUGCGCAGGAUACGGUAUUGGCUUUACAUUUUCCCCUGAUGGUCGCUAUAUCUGCUCUGGGGAUACGCGAGGGCAGGUGUUUAUUUGGGACUGGAAAACAAAGCAUCAAUUGAAGCAGCUUGAGGUUCCCGAUAAAAAGCCCGUUACUACAGUAGCUUGGUCACCACAAGAGACGAGCAAACUCAUUUGCGGGGGCAAUGGCGGGUAUAUUUACUUAUACGACUAA